GCAGAGCCAGUAGGAGCACAGUGUGUUUCUGUCCCUCACUGUCUAAGCUCUUCAUACUGUUAACACCUUCACCUUGUGCAGAGCUUCCUCUGCUUGGAUUGUCACCAGUUCAACACCAUGCUGCUUCGGACUGCGGUUCUGCUGCUCCUCUGCGUGUGCACGGGCAUGUGUGCCACUUUAGGCCACUACCAGACUCAAGCAAAGGAAGAGGAGGAUGUCCCUGCUGUUACUGACGGUGUUUUAGAAGCUGCCUUUGUAGAUGCUGCUGAAGAAGCAGGAGCUCCCGCAGAUACCCGAGUAAAUGAUUUGCCUGCAAUUGAGGAACCUGCAGUUAAUUCCAUUUUUGGUGACAAUCUAUUGUCUAAAAUACUUGCAGCUGCUGACAAACCAGUAGUGGAUGUCCCAGUAGCAGAUAUUGAAACAGCCAAAGAGCCAGAGACAGGCAGCGAUAGACCUGCUGGAGAUGCCUCUGUUGUGGAAGCUCUCACCGGGGAAGCUGGCACUCAUGAGCAAACUUCUUCUGAGGCGGAGGAGAAUGACAUUAGACCAGUCAAGACAGACCAGUUCCUGAACAGGCCUUUGGCACACAAAGACGACAAUAGCUGGAGCAUCAACUCCAUUAGAAAUAGUUUCCAGAGUGUACACGGAUACUUUGACUCCCUGGUGGAGCUGGUGGGGGGACACAAUGGUGUGUGUCAGUACCGCUGCAGAUAUGGUAAACUUCCUCAACCUCGUCCCGGCUACCAGCUCCCAGAGCCCAACGGCUGCAGCUCCUCACUGGUGGGCUUCCAGGUGAAUGCCGCUCUUGACCUGGGGAUUCCUGCUAUAACAGAGUGCUGUAACCAGCAUGACAUGUGCUAUGACACUUGUGGCACAAGCAAGUACGACUGUGACUCAGAGUUUCGCUUGUGUGUGCAUGGCAUCUGCUCCGACCUUAAGAAGAGUCUGGGCUUUGUGUCAAAGGUACAAGCCUGUGAUUCGAUGGCGGACGCUCUCUACAGCACAGUGGGGACACUUGGUUGCAGGCCUUACAUGAACAGCCAGAGGGCGGCAUGUGUCUGUGAGGGAGAGGAGAGGGAUGAACUGUGACACAGAAAGACUAUGGACAACAAACUCCUGCCUGCUUUCACAGACAAAUAACAGAGUCGUGGGUAAUUCCACAGGUUGCACUGUAUAUUUAUGGGCUUUUUGUCAAAAAAAGAUACUUCACAAGAGCCC